CUCUAUCAAAUGAGUUCAAUACUUUGAUUAUUUGGAAUAUGAAAUUUGUUGGUUAUCUACAAUUACGUUCCAACAUAAUAACAUGGGAAGUUAGAUAUUGUGGUUGAACCAUAUCUUUUCCCAAGUUCGUCUCAAUCUCAAUAAGAAUUAGUCUAAUGGGAUACACAUAAUUCAAUCAUAAGAAAUAUUUAAUUGUCAAGUAUCAUAAUGAAGCUCAUCUAGUGGCCCCUUUCCAUCAAUAAACAUUUUCACUUCAAUCAAGGCAUAUGCUUCCUAAUCCUAAAUAUUCUCUUCCUACCCUCUAAACCAUUUUAUUAUUAUUAUUAUUAUUAUUAUUAUUAUUAUUAUUUAUUAUUAUUAUAGAGAUCAAUGGAAUCAAAUUAAUAAACAAAGAACAAAGGAAUAAAAUAGAGAGGACCUAAUGGUUGCUUUGAAACAAGGCAUUGUGUGAGUUGGCAUGUCUCCUUUCCCCUUCCUCAUUUCAUGUCCACCACUCUUGUUUUCCAAUCUAGACAACACACUUCAUAUUUCUUCCAACUCCUCUCCAAAUCUCCCUCCCCUCUCUCUCUCUCUCAAAAGAAGCAAAGCAGAGAUGAACGACGAAGCACCAAGCUGGGCGGACCAGUGGGGCACCGGCGGGAUCGGGGCGAUGGACGGCCACCAGAACACCGCCGCCGACCAGGAUGCCACCGCGGAGAAGUCGGGAUCCAAGAACGGCGGAGGUCUGUUCAGUAAGAUCAAGACAAGUGGCAUCAAAUGGUUCAAACCCAAAUCCAGCAAGAAGACCUCGAGUACUUCAACUUCGACCUCGGCCUCUGCCUCUGCCUCUGUCUGAAGCUGGAGAUGAAGCAGAAAGAUUGAAGCUUUUCAUGUGUUAGUGUAACAACCCAAUAUUCCUUCAUUUCUUCUCCUUCUUCCUUCUAAUGUUUCCUAUUCGUUUGUUGUACAAAUCCUCUUCUUGGAGGAAGUUAUCUUUGAAACUUCGUUUCUCUUCUCAUGUUCGAUUUACUUUGCUGGUUAUGUGAGUCUCUGAAGUUUGGAAUAGAAACAAAGCUGUUGA